GUAGCCUCAACUUAGACAAGACAGACACCAUGAUCCUCCUCGAGGCGCACAAUGUGAUCAUCCAGACAACACUCAAUGAUAAGCUCAUCAAGCCCUCAUCUCUCGACGUGCAGUUCGUCGACUUUGAUGGCGUACGCUUCCGCAUGUCCACGGCAGACCGCAAGACCGUCAUUCUGCUUUCUAUGCACAUCCGCUGCUGGGACGAGCUCGUCAAGUACGGCGCCAUGGAUGUCCUCCAACGCGAGUACGGCAACCUCAUCGUGUCCCAACCAGAGGCAGAGUACAAUGUCAGUCUCUCCAUAGACUUGGAGCAAGCUCCUGCGGACCAAGAGGCUCGCGACGCUUUCGUCAGAUCCAUCUCAAUGUUCAAGCGCAAUGCCCUGGCUGCUCCUUUCGAGUCCGCAUUUGCCCAGCAGAAGCAGCUCGAGAGCUCUGGACAGAUUGGAGAACUCAUGGCGAUCCACUACCGCGAUGAAGAAGCGAUCUACGUACAGGCCUCGCCAGAUCGCGUCACCGUUAUCUUCUCGACUGUCUUCAGGGAGGAGACGGAUCGCAUCUUUGGCAAAGUCUUCCUUCAGGAAUUUGUAGACGCGCGUCGCCAGCCAAGCAUUCAGAAUGCGCCCCAGGUCCUGUAUUCCAGCCGCGACCCCCCGCUGGAAAUCCGGGACGUCCCUGGCCUGCGCAAUACCGAAGAUAUUGGCUACGUUACCUUCGUGCUCUUCCCUCGCCACUUUGCCAACCCGACCAUCGUCGCCAACACCAUCUCGCAUAUUCAGCUGUUCCGCGACUAUCUGCAUUAUCACAUCAAAUGCUCCAAGGCAUACAUGCACUCUCGCAUGCGACACCGAGUUGCGGAGUUCCAGAAGGUGCUCAAUCGUGCCAAGACGGAGGUGGCUGUCACCGAGCGGAAGACUGUUACGGGAAGGACCAUGGUACAUCGGUGAAGAGGUGCGAGUUUUUGGUAGAGGCAGUGAGACUUUGUACAUCCUUUCCUGCAAUGCAUAUAUUACGUGGUAUCUAGAUCUGCAGCCGUGUGUUGUUUAAGACCCCGGUAAUGCACCUGAUCUGCUCCCUCUCUUCGUUUGUGCUAUUCCUGCAGGCGCACCCAGAUAAAUUGUCUCAGUUGGGCCAGCUGCGAUGCGAGAUGGAUUCGUGAAAG